AUGUCGCAGAGUCAGAAUCGCCAUGCAUGUUUGUUUCCGGGAUGUGGAAAGACGUUUUACAGAAAGGACCACCUUAAAAGACACAGUGUUAACCACAACGAGAAUGCUAGUUCUCACCCUUGCACAUACCCCAACUGUAACAUGACAUUCAAAAGGACUGAUGUCAGGAACAACCACUACCAGCGACAUUUCAAUCAGAAGAGAAACAAGAUCGCCAAAUCCAAUUACGAAUCGCCGCUUCCAUAUUCAUCCCCAAUAGAAAACAAUGCGUUAACGGAGUCAGGUGACAAAGCGUUGUCAGAUGUUAUUUUCAAUUCCGCCUUGACGGGUAAACCUGACACAGGAUCUAAAGAAGAGCCACCGGCAUGGCUAGGCUGGCUCUUCACAGAUGGUAUUUCGAACAAUUUGCCCAAUUACGAUGAGGUGCCGCCGUUUGACAGUUUCGACAAAAUAUAUCCUCUAUCAUCUCUCAGCUUGAAUGGUUCCCCUAACUCGCUGCUUUUCGAGUUGUUCCAGUCUGAGUUUGGAGACUCCAUAUUGACUCCCACAACUUCAAUUUCAGUUACUCCAGAGCUGAUCAGGAGGUUCUUAUACUUGAUACCUUCUUUGGUUCAACAUCCUGACUUCUCGGCCAAUAAGUUGGAGUACUGUUUGCAGGUCUAUUGGGCUGUAUUUCACAUUCAGUAUCCAAUUCUCCACAAACCUUCCUUCAACACUUUAACGGAACUGCCAUUGCUGGUUUUGGCAAUGAUAGCCAUGGGUGCCACAUUCUCGGUCUGUGAAAACAACGUUCUUGAAGACCCUCAUGGAAUCGCCAUGGCCAUUGCCAAACCCUUGAGAUGGCUGAUUUUUAGUCAUCGUAUUAGCGGACCGCUGGAACUAUCUGCUCUGCAAAGUCUGCUGAUUCUUGAAGUUUUUGAGAAGCAUUACGGUUCUAGAGAACUUCAUGAGAGAUCUUCUGUCCAUCAGGCCGCAAAGAUAGAGAUGAUGAAGAGAAGUCCGAUUUUGGGAGGUGAUCCGUAUGCCAGUGAAAGUAGAGCAAAUCCCUGCUCCCCAGAUGAACUCAAAGCAGUACCCGCCAAUCAAACAGAGCUCCUGUGGAAGAAAUGGAUCCAUGCUGAGUCUUUGAAGAGGUGUGCUUUGAUGGGGUUUUGCUUUGAUCUCACCAAUUUCAUAGUGUCUUCGCAUAAUGCUUCUUUGUUCGUGAAUAAAUUACGACUUGAGUUGCCGUGUGAUGAUCUGCUGUGGGAAUCGGAUUUUGAGUCGCUAAAGACAGGUCCCCUGCCACAAAAGUCAGAACCUGUUCUUCUGUCGUUGAGAAGAUUAUUGAUAGGAGAGAAGGUUGAAGCUUCCUCGUUUGGCAAAAGGGUUUUGUUGAACGCGCUGUUCUCGAUUAUUGUACAGUUUGAGCAACGUGAUGAAACUUCUAGCUUGACUAAUCGUGAGUUUUCUCAUAAUAUCGCCGGUGAGCCUUGGAGAGAAAAAGUGUCAUACGCUCUUGACGCUUGGAGAUACCUUGUUGACGAUGGAGUCUGUUGCGAUGUCGAUAAUCUGGCCAUUGACAUGAGGGCACGAAAAUCUGAUUUGUUUUCAGAAUACCUUCGUCUAAACGAUACCAAGUGCAAGUACCCUUCUUAUCAUAUGGCUCACAUCAGACUAUACAUUGUGAACUUUGACAUGCUUAUUUAUGCCGGUGCGCCUUUACGGAUGAAUGUCAAAACGAAAUUUGAGGAUUAUGAAAAUGUCCGCAAGAGAAUAGAGCAAUGGGCUCUAAGUGUGAAUGGAAAAAUAUGUGUCAUACAUGCCUAUCUAUGUAUAUAUGAGUGUUUGGUUGACGAAGGGAAAGGCCAGAUAAGUUACGAACCCCAGAAGGACCCUAUUCCCGAAAGACCACAUAUCAUCAUAUACUGCAGCCUUAUCAUAUGGUGUUAUAACUACAUCACGCGUGGUCCUGAAGUGCAAACACCAGACAGUCCUCCCUCAGAAGAAGCUUUUGCGUAUCUAUCUAGGGUCAAGUCUGAGCUGAACAGAUAUCUGGUGGAGGGGGAGAGUGCGCUUGCAUACUACAGAAGUGUGCGGGCAUGUGCAAUGAAUUUGACGAAAAUACCCAAUCUGCAAAACCUGGCAGGUUAUACGGAAACAAUCGCUGGUUUGUAUAGCGAGUGCUCUUGGGUCCUUGGUCAAGAGUAUUCUCGCCUAAUGUUGCACUGUCGCGAUAGGUCUAUGGGUUACAAGAAGUUGUUUUGUGACAAUAUGUACAGAGAACCGUGA